ACGCCAAUAAAGACCAACAAAACCCCUUUCUCUCUCUACUUCAAAUCAGAACGCAGCAUUCCGGCUCAUCACACCGUUCGCCUCUCUCUCUUUCUCUCUUCUCACAUUCUGCGUGUGUGAGUGUGUAUAUUUUCAGGAAUGGGGAUCGCGACGGAGGCUCAACAAGAACACAAGGCUUCUUCUGAGAGCACAGCGGCAGAAAAAAAGAGGUGGACUCUAAAUGACUUCGACAUAGGAAAGCCUCUUGGCAGAGGAAAGUUUGGACAUGUAUAUUUUUCCAGAGAAAAGAAGAGCAAUCACAUUGUGGCACUAAAGGUGUUGUUCAAGAGCCAGCUCAAACAGUCUCAGGUUGAGCACCAGCUUCGUCGGGAGGUUGAAAUACAGAGCCAUCUUCGACAUCCUAACAUAUUACGACUCUACGGCUACUUUUAUGAUCAGAAACGAGUUUAUUUGAUUCUGGAAUAUGCUGCCAAGGGAGAACUCUACAAAGAGCUACAAAAGUGCAAAUACUUCAGCGAAAGGCGUGCUGCAACAUAUGUUGCAUCAUUAGCUCGGGCACUCAUAUAUUGCCAUGGAAAGCACGUAAUACAUCGAGAUAUCAAACCAGAGAAUCUUUUGGUUGGAGCACAGGGUGAGCUGAAAAUUGCAGAUUUCGGUUGGUCCGUUCACACUUUCAAUCGCAGGCGGACUAUGUGUGGGACUUUAGAUUAUCUUCCACCGGAGAUGGUGGAAAGUGUGGAGCAUGAUGCAAAUGUGGACAUAUGGAGCCUUGGUGUCCUGUGCUACGAGUUUCUCUAUGGGGUGCCCCCUUUUGAAGCAAAGGAGCAUUCAGACACAUACAGGAGGAUUAUCCAAGUGGAUUUAAAAUUUCCUCCAAAACCAAUUGUGUCUUCAGCUGCAAAGGAUCUCAUAAGUCAGAUGCUCGUCAAGGAUUCUUCACAGCGUCUGCCUCUACACAAGCUACUUGAGCAUCCAUGGAUUGUGCAAUAUGCUGAUCCCUCUGGCGUUUACAAGGGUUGAUUGAUGCUUUAACUGCUUUGUUGCCAUUAUCAACCAAAUAUUAAGUCUUAAGCCUGUUCUCAGUAGGCUUUUACUCUGAUGUAAAGUAUAAGUUCCUGUUGUGUCAACCAGACGAGGAGAUUAUGUUAUUCUUUCCAACAUAUACUGCAAGUAGCAGCAUCUAUGGUCAAAUGUUUGUCGAAAUUCAUUAAUGAAUAAUAGAAGUUGAAUUCUUCUAA